GUUUGCUUCCUUUCUCUCUCCCUCCGCGGUGCGGCGGCGGAAAGCAGCUUUUUCGAGAUCAAAAAUCCUUUUGAUUUAAGAAAUUCAAGUUGGCUUUUGGGGAUAACAAUUUUAACAUACCAUCCGUAAGAUAUAGUACAAUGGAUGAAUUGAUAGAAGAAGAUGAGGAUGUGGUAUUUGAAAAUUCACCUCUGUUUCAACACCUGAAAGAAGUUGGAAUGGAUGGAGAUUUUGAGAGUUCUACUUAUCCUAAGACUGCAGUCAGAGCACCCACUGAAAAAGAACUUCAAAUUUAUCCGUUGACGCUAAUAAGAAGUUUUUUUCAAAAUGUCAUUUCUUGUAUUCUUCCAACGUCUAGACCAAUAACUUCCUUACCUUUAGCACCAAGAGUUGCUCUUCUGAAAUCAAAGGUACUGAUGUCUGGAGAUUAUCAAUGGUUGAUGUCAUAUGGUUUGAAAGAGAAAAAUAUUGAAGAAAAAAACAAACAAUCCAAUUCCAAUGUUUUGAUCUUUGCUAACUCUGCUAUAUUUGGAUCUAUUGCUUGUCUCUGGUUCGUUUUCCGCAACUCAUCAGCGCACCAGGUGACGUCAAAAUUAAUACUGUUGGCUGUUUUGUUAUUAUCGAGUACAUUGAUUGGAUUGUGCCAUUUAACUAAGUUUACAAUAAAAUGCUACUUUGACUAUAAACGAUCAAAUCUUGCAAAAUGUUUGUACAAGCAGCUGAACUUAAUGGAACUUAUGGACAGCUGUAUUAAGAACUCACUGAGAAACAUCCAAGAGGCAGAACUAAUUGCCAGAGGAUUUACUAUAAUUUCUCACAAAGUUCCAUUAAUGAAAUUGGAAAAAAGUUCACUACUUGGACAAUCACGAAGACAACACCAUCAGCUUAGAGAAGCGGUCUUUAAGGCCUCUUUAUCUCAGUUCUCAACUUAUAGAGAAAGUACAAGACAACUUCUCCAGCAAGUAAAGCUUCAAUCAGAAGUCGAUAAUAUUGCCAACUACAUUGCAAAUGUCUCUGAAUAUGAUCUUGGAUUUGAAAGGGACCUCAAGAAGAUUGCUAAUGAAAACUGGACAGAAAAGGAUCAUCAACAUUUAGCAGAAACUUCUGAUAAUUUCUCUCUUUCUGCUAUUAAAGUUGUGUGGCAGACAAUGGCAGUUCAGAGGUCAGAGUUCUUGCGUCGCUUUGGUUUGUCUCUUUGUCCAAAGGCCUGGGAUGUAAACGGAAAGGAUAUCUAUUAUAUUUUACCAAUCUUAGAAAAGGUUGCAAAAUCUUUGAUAUUAGACACUCAGGGAAAUCUUCAAGAGCUCCAGAGGAUCAGUGAUAUACAUAAAUUCAGCACCAAAAAGCAUGAUCAAGAUGUCUGUAGGACUAGUCUGGCAUCUAUCUCUAAAGGAAAGUAUGGAGAGCUCUGGACAGCAGCACAUAGCUUGUAUCUACAUUUACAGGCUGCAGCGGCACGGGUUCAUGAACUGCAGCAGAAAUGUGAUGCCUUAAAUCAAGAUAACAGCCAGUCUGAUGAAAGUAUUAAAGCUGAUCUGAACUCUUUGUUAGAGACAGUCAAUCCAGAAUUGAAAGCAUCUUUAGCAUGUUAUCAAGAAGUUGAAACAAAACUGAACAAAUUAUAUAUGAAUUCAAAAAAUUCUCCAGAUGUUCCUAUUAACUCUCUUCCUGUUGGUCACCAUUCAGGAAAUAUAUCAUGUCAGCCAAUUCAAUUGUUUGGUAUAAAAGAUGAUGAGAUAAGGUUUGAUGAUGAAACGUUUGAGGCUUACACUGAUCCCAAUGAAGGCGACACUGAUGGUAGAUUUUCCCUUAGAAACUCGUAUCAGGAGGAAACAGGGAAACAGAGGAAAGAGCGACAGGCAUCGUUACAGCUCCUUCAGGAACUGAGGUCUGUCUUACCUGGAAGGAUGCAAGUGAGAGAACAACUUAAACAGAAGGGCAAUAAAAAAGGCACACAACAAAAAGAUAACCCUGAUGUUGACAUCCAGAAAGUCAUGGAGAACCAGGAAUUGAAAUCCAUUGAGAUGAUGUGCGAAGUAGCAUCUGGUUGUGAUACAACUGAGACUUUUAGCAAGGAAAAUGAUACCAAAUAUGAUUUUGAAAAAGGUGACCCAGGUGUAGAUGAAAAUACAUCUGAGAUUGACAACAAUCCUGAUAUAUUCUCAAAUAAUGUUGUACCAAAAUGUAACAUUGACAAAUCUGAACCAGUUAUACCAAAUCACUAUGAGUUGGAGUCUAUGGAGAGAGAAAUCAUAGUUGAAAAUGCUGAUGAUGGUGAGACUAUUCAGAGGAUGAGUCUACCACCACCACAGUUUGGGGGUGGAUUGUGGGCGAUGGCUAGUCUUGCAUCCCAGACUGCUUCAAUGUCAAGUAGAUUUCAACAACAGGAAGAGAUAUUUGGAUCAGAAACAGAUGAAUCAGAAUAGGGGGCUUUAUUAAACUAAAGGGAAUGUUCAUCUUUUUAAACAAUGUUAGAUUUUGUUUUUUUAUUAUACUGCACUCGGAUAACUAAUACAGUACUUUAAAGUGUCCCAUUUCUUAAAUUACAAAAUCUAGUUUGUGCUUGUGACGUAUAUGUUCUUGAUUAAAUUUGUGCAUCGGUGCAUCCCAGUUUAGCAAAAGGCCAUUGUAAUCCAUAGGAUGGUUCCAAAUACAGGUAGUUCUUUGUAUUGCUAAGCAUCCAUAUAAAUAAUAAUUAUAGAAUAAUGUAGCAUAUACAUCAAGAGUGUGCACAAAGUAAAUGAGUACAGUAUACUAAAAUAGUAGAUAGAUGGGUGUUGUGUUAACAUGCUUACUACUGUACUAAUUAGUUACUGUAUAUGUUCUUGAUUAAAUUUGUGCAUCGGUGCAUCCCAGUUUAGCAAAAGGCCAUUGUAAUCCAUAGGAUGGUUCCAAAUACAGGUAGUUCUUUGUAUUGCUAAGCAUCCAUAUAAAUAAUAAUUAUAGAAUAAUGUAGCAUAUACAUCAAGAGUGCACAAAGUUCUAAAAUUUGUAGAUCGAUGGGUGUUGAGUUAACAUGCUUACUACUGUAUUAAUUAGCUACUGUUUAAAGAUUAAUGGUAACAAUAAUUAUAGACCAUGCUACAGUAUAAAAUUCAUAAAAAUCUUGAAAAUCAAUUUACAUUUAUUUUAUUACAAAUUAUUUACAGUCAAUGUCCUUCAGUGUACAUCAAGGUGAAUAAAAACUGGAAUUGUCA